UGUAUUGAUUAUCGGGGUUUGAACCGGGUCACUGUGAAGAACAAGUAUCCUCUUCCUAGGAUCGAUGAGUUGUUGGAUCAGUUGAGGGGUGCUACUUGGUUCUCCAAGGUAGAUCUGGCGUCGGGUUAUCAUCAGAUACCGAUAGAUGAGGCAGAUGUGUGGAAGACUGCUUUCAGGACGAGAUAUGGGCACUAUGAGUUUGUGGUGAUGCCCUUCGGAUUGACUAACGCGCCAGCAGCGUUUAUGAGAUUGAUGAACAGUGUGUUUCAGGAGUUUCUGGAUGUAUCUGUCAUCAUUUUCAUCGACGAUAUCCUGGUUUAUUCUAAGAGUCCUGAGGAGCAUGCAGUGCAUUUGAGGGCAGUUAUGGAGAAGCUGCGGGAGCAGAAGUUGUUUGCCAAGUUGAGC